UGAACCGGCAUUUUGAAAAGAAAAGCAAGAACCUGCUUGUGAAAAUGUUUUCAAGACCAAAUUUCUCAAAGAAAUGUAAGAAAAACAAAAGAAAAGCCUUGGUUAGAGUAUUAGAGAUUGAUAGUAGUGAUCAUCAUGAGAAGGAAGUUCGUGGAUUCGGUGUAAAAACGAAAACGGAGGAAAACGUACAUGUCUUCAUCACGAGUUGUUCAGUGCUCAAUAGUCCUCUGUGUCAUGAAGGGAGUAAACUAGUUGCUGAACGCUACUGUUCUCAAUAUCCAAAUCAUAUACACAACGAGAAUCAUAGAGGAGAGGUAGACCAGGUGAUCAGUUCUAUAAACUACCGUGUCUCGAUUGUAUUUUUUAAAGGCCACAACGACGAGGAAUUUCUAGAAAUUAUAGAAGAUGAUACUCUUAAAAACUUAAUUGCAAAGCAUGAUAAAUUAUAUGCAUAUGCCUUUGAAGGAAAAAAGGUUGUUCAAUUGACGUUAGAUCCAAGAAAUGGCAACAAGUUGAAAAGUGUUAGCAAAGAAGGUUUUCAAGUUAAAAGAGCCAAAGGUGCACCAAUAAUAGUAUAUCAUCCAUGCUCCGAGAAACCAAUGAUUGCUGGCAUACUUGAUAUAGAAAGUGAGGAUGGAAACCUCUACCCUGUGUUUCUAACGGACAAAACGAUGGGAAAAAUAAUAUCUGUCUACUGGCUGACCACGGACUUACAAGAUGAGGGGGUGACUCACAGCCUACUUCUGAGGGCCGUUUUGCAGGAUACCAGAUUGGAUUGUGCGAGGCCUUGAUCAGUACAAUAUAAAUGGGAAAAUCAAAUUCAGUAAUUGUUUUAUUAGUUCCUUUUUCCUCCUCUCUUUCUGGCUAACACUACCCUUUGCUUAUC